AACUGAUGAGCAGCGGUUGUGGAAAGGCGGCUGAAAUAACAAGGAACAGAAAUGAAUGAAUUUGUGUGGAAGCUGUUGCACAUGUGCACAUUUAUUGCAGUUCUGUGUCGUCUUAUUGUAACCCAGGGCCAGAGAUUUUUGCUCAUAUGAAUGAGGGAUUAUGCCUUCUGUAGUCAUGUGACUGUGAUGUAAGAGAGAGAGAGAGAGAGAGAGAGAGAAAGGGAGGGAGGGAAGGAGGAAGAGCAAGGUGCAAUUUAGUCCCACAGAUGAUCUCUGCAGCGCUCAGAGAAAAGACGAGAACAGACACACACACACCCACACUUCUUUUUUUGCCCGUAAACACACGCACAGAUUUUAAAUGACAACUUUGAGCCAUUAACCAAAGAAGGAUUUAUCACUUCCAGCAUUUUUUAAAGCCCAUGACAGAUUGGACACUAAGGACAUUUUAACCUCUUGGACAAAUAACUUACUGGAGACAUCAGAAGCAUGAGGACAAGUUGAAGACGGAGCCUGAGAAGUGCACUAAAAGACAACAGAAAGAGUUUAUCUUUGAAAAAUUACUGGAAAUAGAAAGGACCAGACAACAGAGCGGUACAAUGUCCUUCCUGUCUGGAUCACCCCGGCAGCAGCCUGGUGUUAUGAGCGGAAGCAACGGCUACGGACAGCAUUCCAGUGGACACCUGCAGCAUCAACAGCAGCAGCACAAACCCUCCAACACCCUCUCUGGUGCCGUCAUACCAGCAGUCGGAGCUCAGGAAUGUGACUGGCACUGCCGAGGCCAGGCAGCACUGGCGGGGCAAACCCCAGCUGACAAAACAUUAGCAGAGGAUGAGGCCAGGGGCAGAAACAGGACUGAGGUGGCAUCACCUGGGGCAGUGUCAGGAGCUACAGCCACUCAGAGCUUCAGAAUGCCAGCACUGAAGAUAGAGGAGGUGUCCAACAGAGGUAGACUGAGGGAGGAGGGACACAGGUCGGAAGGGAUAGGUGGGUUUUUAGGAAGUGCAGGACAGAGUCCAAGCAGCCCUUCGUCUUCCCACUCCUCACCUUCAUCCUCGUUAUCCACCCCUACCGUCUCACCUGGGAAAGUUGAGAUCCCCGGACAAAGCCAUAUGCAACGAAAUGACGGACUGUUCAUCCAAGGACACCAGGUGACUACACACAGCCAGUUCACGCAUCCUCCUCCUAAACAACAAGCCCAAGAACUUGAGGAAAGAAAUACAGCUUCACUUACAGUGGGCAGCACUUCACUUACAGACAAUAAAAACAAUCAUCCACCAUCUCCUUCAAGAAAGGAAACUGUUGACAGUGAACAUGUUGAUGCUCCUCCUCCACCUGCUGCUGACUUACCAGGGGUUAACGCUGCUGCCAAUGCCCAGCUCACAGCAGGCUCACUACCAGCCACGAAAACAAGAGCGGCGUUGAGCAAAAAAGACAUAGACCAAGCCGAACUCCAUGUCCAGAAUGUAAAAGUGGUGCCUGGUGCAACUGAAAACAAGGAAAUAAAAACUAGCCUCUCCAGUGAAGUGCCCCAGCGAACUACAGUGAGACGCACCAUGUCUGACUGCUCUCACUUGUCUGUCCCCAUGCUGAUGGCUGAAACGUACCCCACCGUUGUCAGAGGGUCUCCUGCUCAGAUGGCUAACGUUCCAAACUUUACUCUUAUGGGAUCAGCAUGUCCACCCAGAGCACCAUACCCUCACGUCGCUGUCCGACGCUCAUUCACACUUAUGGACAGCACGGAAGCCGCUGCUGCAGUGUCGAUGAUGUCAUCUCAGCUCAUGACGUCACCAGUACUGCCGUCAUCGCCGCCCCCCAGGAGGCAUCACGACAGCUACGAGACAAACUUUUUACUGCCUGUCCCACUCCCUACUGGACCUUUUAUUUCCCCCAGUCAAGAUGGCAAACUAGGCACCGUGGUGAAAGCUGACAACAAAGACAAGCCUGAAAAGAUUGAUGUCACACCUGCUAAGACAGAGAAGACGGACAUCUUUGACAAGAAGGACAAGGUGGAGCCACAGAAGAAAGAUGACGGACCUGACAAGAACCAGAAAUCUGAUAAGAUUCAGAUGAAAGAAGAGGAAAAGAUGAAGACCAUCAACACGGACAAAGACAAGGCCAAUGAGAAGACAGAGAAGGUGGACAAACCAGAGAAGACCAACAAGGAUGAGAAGAAGAAGGAGGAGGAGACAAAGGUGGUUGAGAAGGGAGGGAAAGGAACAGCCAAGUCUCCUACAAACAACAACGGCAAGAUGUCACCGGAAAGCAAGAGUAAGGCUCCAGAAAAUGGUUUGACUAAGAAACGUCCGCCUGUUCCUAAGGCCACGCCUACACCACGAGCAGCUCCUAAUAAGAAUGAUUCUGCUGUACCUCCUGCAAACAAAGCUCCUGCCAACAAGACUGACAAGGCUAAAAGCAAGACGGGAGACAUCAAGAAACCCAAGAGUACAGCUCGCCCCCGCCCAGCCUCCUCCACCACACCUGCUACUCCUGCUGCCUCCACAAACGGUGACACCAACGCCACUCAACGCCGCCGAAUCAUCACUAAACCCCCUGUGCCCAAGCAAGUUCCAAGCAAGAUAGAGAAGAAGCCAGCAGCACCACGUACUAAUCGAAGCCCUUAUCCCAGCAACGCCCCGACACCGGAUCUGAAGAACGUUCGCUCCAAGAUCGGGUCCACUGAUAAUAUCAAGUACCAGCCAGGAGGAGGGAAGGUCUCCUCCACCCAGAACAACAAGACAUCAGACCCCAGCGCCCUUGCCACCAAAGCCAAAGUUCAAAUAGUGCACAAAAAGCUGGACUUCAGCCAUGUCACGUCUCGCUGUGGUUCCAAGGACAACAUCAAGCAUGUCCCUGGAGGGGGUAAUGUGCAGAUCCUGAGUAAGAAGAUUGAUGUGAGCAGGGUGACCUCCAAGUGUGGCUCCAAGGACAACAUCAAACAUAAGCCAGGUGGUGGCGAUGUGAAGAUAGAAUCCCAUAAGAUGAACAUUAAGGCCAAGUCUAAGAUCGGAUCUCUGGACAAUGUGGAUGAAGGAGAUGCGCAGACCAAUGGACACAAGGAAGAAAAGGCAGAGCAGAAGACAUCUUCACCCACAAGUGGUGCUCCUGCUAGAAGCCCAGCAGGCGUUGCCAAGGCAACAGCACCAGGAGAUGUUGCCAAGGAGAAUGGGGUGAAGGAGUCUGCACCUGCUCCCUUUGGGGGAGAUGGACUUAGCGUAAACAAGCACAUCACUCAGACAAAUUGAGUUUCCAUGCACCUUAUGGAGGCACACCUAGUGUUCGCUGACCUGCCAACAAACCGUCCACCCGACCCGUCACAGCACAGUUACAGUACUUCCAUCUGGACCCACCUCCAUCCUGCCCACCACAGCACCUGAAUGAAUGAUUGCCUGUCAAUCUUUCUCUGGGGUUUUGCUUGCCAGCUUUUCACUCCCAUUUCGGCCAUUCCACCAAUCGACACCUGUGGGUUGGCAUCGGCCAGGUCUAUAACAGAGAGGAGGGCCUACUGUUGUCUGUAUUUCUCUGUGUGAAGCUUAACGAGCUACUCACGUCCAACAACCUCAGUGCAAUAGACCCCCCUAGCGUAGCUAAUGGUGGAUUCACUACUUCAGGCAACGUGAGGUUUCCAUGCAGUGUUUCAAGUCUCUUAAAUUCACAGGUCCGGUGUUUUCAUUCAGCCCAGCCUUCUUGGUUCAAAUCCAACAUGUUAUUUCAACAGCACCGCUGCUUUCUGCUCCUGCUAAUUUGAAGUCCAAGUCCAAUCAACCUUGAAAACCCAAACCCACCAGCAGAAAGCCUGCUACAAGCUGGCAGCUAGGCAAAGACUGGCAAUUUUCAUAUCAGCACAUUCCAGGCUCCCAGGGAAAUACCAAAUAUUUCCAAAUCAACAACACUAGCACUGCACAAAGUCCUAUGGUAGAACAACUAGGUAUUACCACCUCUUCACUACUUGUGUUGUGUUAACUGCCCACUUUUGCCUUAGAGCAGUGAUUCUAAAACUGUGGUUCCUGUACAACUGAUGGUACUUGGGUUCCCUCUAGUGGUAAGAAGGGAAAUCCAAUUCCCAUUAGAAAUGCAGUAUUCUAGCAUGCCCUGUGUGCAUGUUUUCAGAACUAGAUUGUUCAAGUUCCAGUUGUGCUUUUACUUCACUGUUUGGCUGAAAAUAGGGCUGAUAAUCGUAAUAGAAAUAAAUUAGUAACACUGUAUCCUGGUCUUAGUUGAACAGGGUGGGGCUCUGCUGCUAUAUUUUAAAGUUGGCACCUGGAGAACCAGAGGUGGGCCAUGUGGUAAAAGGUUUGAGAACCACCGUCUUAGAGCAUUGCUUUUUUGCAAGCUUCUGCAUAAAAUAUAUGUUGGUGGAUUUGGUGCCACCUUGUGGUUAGACCACGAUUUACUGUGUAGCAUAGUUUGUUUUUUUUACCUCACAUUUUAACUUUUAACUUUUCUGCCUAAAUCAAACCCAUCUGGUCCAACUCCUGCAAACGUUUCAGCACCUGAGACCUUUUUUAUUUAACUUGUUUGAAAAAAUAGCACCUUAUAUUGUACUGCACUGUACUGAAAAAGGCUCGUGAUUUUGUUUAUACCCUUCGUAAAGAUAAUCAAUACCUACCAAUGUCUGUUUUCAAAACUAUAAGGUAAAUAUCAGAAAAUAUUCACACCGGAACACAUUGUCACUGCACACUCCCUGACCGCAAGGCUGGACUGGGACAAGGUUAAAGAAACCAUUGUCUUUAUACUGAUGGCUUGGUGGUCUUCCCUCAAUCCCACCAAUCCUGUUUCAUGAAUGUUGAUUAAACCCGCACUUGAGUUUCCAGACUUUGGGCAACAUUUUUGCUGGUACACAAGACGUAAAAGCAAACGUAAUUUAAACAUUCUGCAGCAUCCACCUUCAGACUUGGUUCUUUAAUACCAGUCCAGCCUUGAUGUCACUAAACCACUCAUGGAUCCUUCACUAUAGCUCACAUAAAUACACUUCACUGCAUGGGUGGGGGACAGGCUUUUACACUGAUCUAUUUCUAGUACUGACAGUUGACUGACAGCAAUAUUCUCAAUAUUCCCCUAAACAUCCUGAUCAUCAUGUCCAUCCCAGUGGGCUCACGUCCCACUAGAGAAACAACUCUGAGAGAUCUGCUUACAUCGUGGUGGCAAACACACGAUAAACAAUAAGAACGUGGCUAUAUAUCAAAGCACACACACAUACACAGACACACACACAUACAGUAUAAUACAGUGAGGUACACAAACACAAAGGCGCAGCCUGGAGUCCAAAGUGUGUGUGCUGCUUACUCAAGUAUUUAUAUCGAGUGGACACAUCACUCCAUCGUGUCUUAGUGAUUUACGCUGAUGUUGCUGAAACUAUGACGACCCGUGUUGAUGACCAGUGUUCCUGCCAUCGUUGUCUCCUCACCCAGUGUUCUACUUCUAUCUAUAUUGUUAACAGCAAUACGGUGACCUUAGACACACAAAGGAGGGCCAGCAGAAAAGACACACCACACAGGUUAACAGUUGAAGGGAGCAGCAAGUUCACUCCGUCGAAUUAUUACUUUCAUGGUUAGUAUGAAAGUGGAAUGUCAUUUGUAACUGUAAAGGAAUUUUCUUAUUUAUUCUUACACAAAGCUGCUUUAGCGCAUAUUAGUUUGUGGUUCACCUCCUCUGUGGCACAUUUGAGUCCCUUAAUGUGAUGUAAAUAGACAUGGAUGGGCGUAAAUGGCUUUUGUCAAGCUUUUGUUUUUGUUUCGUUUCAUUUGUCUUGUACAUAUUCUAAGGUACACAAAAUAAACAUCAUACGGUAGCUAAUAUUAUUAUAGGUUAAUAUAAUCCAAGCUUAACCAUUGAUCAUAGCAGUAUGGGUGGAAUAUGGCAUAGAAAUUGCACAGUAAGGACAAUAUAAAAAUGUAAAGGUGGGCUUUUGCCAAAAUCAGCAAAGUUAGUAUUUGUGGGAACAGUUAGGUUCAGGUGUUGUUUGAGGUAUUUCAGCUCUCCUUCGAUCUCAAUAUUAUAGUCUAAAAUGAUGUGCUAUGGGGCAAAUGGUAUCUUGUUUUGUGUUAUUCUCAUAAAUUAACAAGAAGUGACACUCUAAUAUAAUUGGAUUUAAUAAUUAAUGUGUAUUCCUAAGCAGUGUCUACUUACUGUACUGGUUGAACUGGUCUUUGUUGAUCUGUGGGGAAUUUCUUCGUGGCGUGUCCACAACUGUCAGACGUGUGAAGUGUUGCUACUGUAUCCAUCCUGUAGAGAGCGCUGCUUUGCCUCUGGAACUCUGACGGUCUGGCUCUGAUACUGAAGAACAAAAAGCUGACUUAGAAACCAUACAUCAUCAUGUGUAUUCCUCUGUCACAGAACAGGCUUUCAGGCCUACGGGUAAAAGCUUAGAGUGUACUGAGAGCAAUGCCACAAGGUAAAUUCAUGUUGAAUAAUUUGCAACUGCCCUUCAAAUUGACAUGGUAUGGGUUUCUAAAACAGUAACAGGGUAAGGUCGAUUACUUAUUUUUAUUUCGACAACCAUUGCACUCCAGUAACUUCAGACGCAUUCCAGGGACAGACAUUAGUUUGGGCUCGAAGGAAUUCAAAGACAUCUGAAAUUGCCCUUAAAAGUUGGGUGACAGGGUAGCACAUUAAAAAGUAGUCACACUGACAGGUUUAUUCAAUGGCCAGACUGUUUGAACAAAAUAGGGCGGGUUAUACAGGUAUGUUAUAUGUUGUAUGAUGUGCAGUCCUGAUUGGAACCAAUGCAGUACUCUAAUUAACUUAAAUCACCUGGGCGGGGGUGGGGGGGUGGCCUAUAAAAACCAUCUCUCUAAUAAAUGUGGCACUGACCCUUGGGCUUGUUAAUCUAGUGAUUAUCUACCAGAUUGAGGCUAGGCUAGGCUAGACUUAACAAGGAUAUUCUCUGGUUUGUUUGUGAGCAACUCCUGCAAUGUCUCUGUUUGACAUUUGGUGCCGUUGUCCUGUUGGUUGUCAAGCAUUCGGGCUUCAAUUUUUAUUUAAAACAGCACUAUUUCUGUACCACCUGUCUGCUGUCAUUCAGUUAGUAUAAAGACAUCAUUAUUUUCCUCGGUUUUCCUCACAUCAAUCAGGAACAGGUUUCAUCCCCUUAUUAUUAAACUUAGCAGAUAUUUGAGAAAAAAACAACUUUUGCACAUUUCAUAUUUCUGUAUUAUUGUUCUUAGCACAUCAACACUUGGGAUCAUGGUGUGAUAUACAUUAUGUGCCCUUUAUUAUACUAUAGCUACUGGUAAUUUCUUUGUCUAAGUGUCAAAAAAAGUCUGUUUCAAAAGUAUGAGUGUAAAUGAAUACAUCAUGGGUGGACUCCAAAAAAUAUUUUAGAGGAUUGAGCUUAGGUUAUGAAAAAGAGUCCUCGUCCUAGUCAUGACGCUUCAGUUACGCUAUAUAGUAUCUUAAAAUUCACAUUGUUUCAGUAUUAAAAGUACGACUAAAAAUAAAUAAAAAAGACGCUGACGGGUGGGCUUUAAUGUUUAUAGCUGGAUACCUUUAUGGAUAAAUAACAAAAUUUGCCUCAAAUCUUUUUACUGAAUGACUUUUUCAGACAAGAAAAGAAGCUGCUAAAUUUUCACAAUUAUUUUGAAAUUUUAGUAUAGAACAAGGAUUUUUGGGUGAGGGCCAGUGUGCCACGUUGGUAUGAUCAACAAACAAUUUGAUUUGGUUGGUGAACAUCAUCAAACUGUUCAAUUAGAGUGCACUACAGGUGCCACCCUUAAACACUUGACCCUUUCUUCUGUUCACCUUCACUAAAGUUAGAUAAAAGAGUAUCAGGACUUUUGGCAUGUGGUGGAUGUAAUGUUCUGUCUUAAAAAGCUCCCCUAUAAUGACAUCUUGUCAUACCUACCAACAUGGGAUAUUUAAAUCAAGUUAUCUUCUUGAUAUUAUUCUGAAAUUAAAUUGUGGGGCAAAAAAAGUCACACCAACAACAACAAUGUGGCUGAAUUUGAUUAACACACGUAAAAAAUACAUACAUGGGUAAUUUCACUUUGCAAAAAAAUGUACUAAUGUUGGUAGAUAUGUACCCGGAGCUUGUAAAUGUGUCUCCCACCUACAGAAACGUGUUAGCAUCACAGCACAGUACUGAAAAGUAGUUUCCUUAUUUGCAGCUUUCAGAUAGACCAGUGAAAUUAACAUUCCAACAGAGGAGUAGAAAUAAUAGAUCAGUGUUACUGGUAUUGUAUUGUAAAAGUAUUGUACAUCCUUUUGUGCUUAUUCCAGCUAAUGAGCAAAUCUGAUGUUGGUGAAAAUGAAGAAAAAAAUAAGCCGGUCUAAGUAAUCUACUUUUGAGUCCUGUGUAGUGAAUUCACUGUAGUGUGAUGUAUUUUACUGUAAGGCACAACCUCAUAGUCAGAGCAUGCAGAGAACAACAAACAAACUGCUAGAGGCAUUUGUCUUUUUUAGAUUGAGCUUAUCUCUACCUUGCAAGUCUGAAUAUUUGGUAUGAAAGACUGGUAUGUUACUUGUGAUUAAUUGUUAACUUGUGACGUGACUAUUAACCACUUAAUAAAGAUGAGCAAAAGAAAA